UUUUUUUUUAAAAAAAAAGAGUCCUAAAUCUAAUAGACUAUGGAGAAAUUUGAUAUUUUAUUAUUUCAUUAUAAUACAUUAAGUCAUUUUUUCUAUGUCGGUCAGGGCCCCUGAUUCCUCGGAGAUUUUCAAAGUCUUUCUUUUUAUUUAUGGUCAACUUGCAUGUGCGCCAAAGGCCCGUUUCAAGCACGGGAGAAAGAGGAGCUCAUCUUCCCUCUGCUUAUUCAAUUUGCAGUGCUGCAGCAGGAGUUGCAGGGAAUGUCUGUGCAUUUGUGUUGUUUGUCUCACCCAUACCAACGUUCAAGAGAAUAAUCAGAAGCCAAUCAACAGAGCAGUUUUCUGGAUCACCUUAUAUGUAUGCGCUCUUGAAUUGCUUAAUAUGUCUUUGGUAUGGCACGCCAAUCGUUUCUCCCGGCAUCAUAUUGGUUUUCUCUGUCAACUUCAUUGGAGCCAUUUUCCAGUUAGUAUAUAUCACUAUCUUCAUUCUAUACGCAGAUCAAACAAAAAAGUUAAAAAUGUUGGGAUUGUUGCUGGGCAUUUUUGGUGUGUUUGGAGCUAUAGCUUCUACCAGCUUGUGUGCAUUUGAGCCUCCGGAGCGACAGAUUUUCAUUGGAUAUUUGUCGGUCCUUUCUCUUAUCUCCAUGUUUGCUGCUCCACUAUUUGUCAUUAAUUUGGUGAUCAAGACGAAGAGUGUUGAAUACAUGCCGUUUUAUCUCUCACUUGCUACGUUUCUGAUGAGCCUUUCUUUCUUUGUAUAUGGGCUGUUCGAGUGUGAUAUAUUCAUUUCUGUCCCAAAUGGGAUUGGACUAGUUCUCGGGGUCCUGCAGUUGGGGUUGUACUUCUACUACAGCGAAAACUCCGAGGAAGAAUCAUCAAGAAGAAGACACCUGAUAGAGGCUUGUGCAUGACAAAAAAAUCACUCUGUUGGCAUUUGGCAAUCAAGAGCCUGGUUUUGUUCCUCGGAUUGCCAUGUUCAUCCCCCAGAGGAUUUCUCAUAUUCUUUGCAUAACCCGACGAAGGGUCUGCCUUAGUGAUGAAAAUAAAGCUCGGGUCGAUUA